AAGCCAAAUCUCACUCACAGCCACGGCACAGAGCACAAGGUGCAAUUUUAAAUCAUGAGACGCCACUUCAAGGACCUUCAGGGAGAAGAUUCCACAACUGAUGGGACCACCUUCAGUGUGACUAGCCCUGAGUCCAUGGAGGGCAGUCUGCAAAUGUUCUGGCCAGGUAAGGAGAACUUGAGGGCCAGUACCGCGGGGGGGCCAGCAUUGCCCCGUAUAGACAACCUCUCCCCAAGGACACGAUGGCGCAUCUCGCUGGGCUGGAGUCCUUCCUCACCAUCAUCUGUGUCCUCUUCCUCAUACCACUCCUACUCCCCGCGACCUUCCUGGCUCGGGUGCCCUCGGGAGGACCGGGACCCUGGCCCACGAAGCGUGCCUGCGCUGUACACCCGCGUGCAGACCGUGCGCGGCGUGGCCGUGGCCUGGGAGACCGAGGCUGGCUUCGCGCCCAUUAGCAGCCAGCCGCGCAUCCGCGAGGCCCAGUUUCUCAGGCGGCAGCGGCAGAGGGGCUCCUCCUUUGAGGUGGCCUCCAACACCGAUCUGCGCGGGGACCUGGAGGCCUGCGGUGAACACGAAGGGGAGCCUGAGGAGGACGCGGGAUGCGAGAACACGGAGCUGGAGCAGGAGCUACGCGAGCCACCGGACUCGCUGGUCACCACCAGACAUGGGUUGCGCUGUGUCGCCUGCUGCCGCGUCUUCCCGUCGCUGCCCGCCCUGCUGGAGCACGCACAGCAUGGCGUACGCGAGGGCUUCAGCUGCCAGAUCUUUUUCGAGGAGAUGCUGGAAAGGAGGCGCGCGCGGGGCCAAGGGCAGGACCCGGAACUCGAGGGCAAAGAGCCGAGCCCUGAGGAGGGCAGUGAGCAGUGCGCCUGGCCCCGCCGCGAGGACCCUGGGUCGCGCCAGCAGCAGCGGGAGUAAAGUGCAAGGGAGGUGACCCUCUGUCUAGCGCCCCUGACCCUCUAUCCAGCCCCCCGGGCCGCCCCUCUUCCA